UUUCAUUUUGACAAACUUGAGUCCCAGCUUAGAUUUCGCAGAACAGAGAAAUGAAGAAAUGACAAUUCAACAAAGUGUUUCUGACAGAAGGUUAUCUGACAAACUAAACAUUUUGGACAAAAUGGGAUGUAAUGAUAUGAAGGAGUCACAGAGUUUUAUGAUAUCUGCUUCUGGAUAUUAAGGGACUAUUAGGAUUAUGUCGGAUUAGGCAAAUAGUGAUAAGGAUGUUCCAACGAACCUCAUCGGGUAAGAUUAGAAAACCCUAAAAAAUGAUUUUCAACAAUAGGAACAGAUGGUAUUUUACCCUAUCGAUAAAUUAUGCUGAAUGAUAAUAUUUGAGCUACCUGCUCAUGUUACAGAGUGUUGAACUUUGCCUCCUAAUCAAUUAAACAACUUUAGUUAACAUCUAAGGUCAGAUCUUAAUAUAUUUAACUUACCUCUACAUACCUUAAGAUCUGCCUAUAAAUUACCUGAUUAUAAGUUAAUUGUGGGCAUUAAACAACAAAUUGGAACAUUGAAUAUGAAUGAGCAAGAUUGAUUUAACUUGUAAUCGGGGUUAUUGUGAUUGAAUAGUGACAAGCUUUAUGUACAUACAGUUGGAAUUUGGACAUUAUUUGAUGAAAUACCAGAAUCACCAAGAACUAAUCCCUGAUAGACACAAUGAACUUUGUAGAUUGAAAAUUUAUUGAACUGCAAUUCAUAUGUGCACAGGUAAUAAUGGUAGACAGAUAGCAGAUGUAAUUAACAAUAGAAGAGUAGGAGGAUCAUAAAUUUAAAUGUGAGACAAUCGUUAGAUUGCGAAAUAGUUUGUGGUGUACAUGAGCUUGGAGGAGUAUCUGGAGUAUUAGAGGUCAAGUACUGUGAGAACAAAUGUACAUCUAUUGUGAUUGAUGUGAACAGGUGACUGGUCAAAUCUGAAUGAGGCUUUAACACUGUGACAUUUACUGACAUUUAGAUCUCUGAAUCUGAAUGAAUGGACAUAUAUAGCUGUAGACAUUAGUACAGAGUAUGUUAUAGACACAUUUAACAAUGUCAAAGACAGUUGUUAAACAAGCAAGGUAAUGAAUGGCUCACAGUAGGAGGUGUUAUUGCAAUUUCAUCACUUAACAGCGAGAAACAUGAAAAACAGCAUGUUCUUGUACUGAAUGACUAUGCUACAGUUACGUAACAUUAAUAUAAAUUGUCUUAAAUAAGUUAUCUGCCUAAUGAAGUGCUGUCUGGAACAUACAUAGGGCUGCAAUAUUGACCAGUACUGAGUACACCUGACAUUAUUUGUAAAAGGACUUACACUGAUGGAUUGAACCUGUCACAUGGAAAUUCAUUUAUGAAAACAGUUUAUCCAUAUGUUAAGGCAAGGAAUCAUAUAUCUGGGAAUAACGUCACAUAGAGACUGAAAAAUCUGAACACUGUUCGAAUUUGUGAGAUAUAAUUGAAUUACGGACACAUUGAUUAAACAUGGAGGAGCCAGCUAAGAAGCCACCUAAUAUCCGAACUGUUUUGGGAAUCGUAGACAGGAUAAUGCAGAGUAUGGGCGAUGUAGAAGUCUAUACAUAUGAGUUUACCCGUUGGUGUAUUGAACAAGUUUAUGUGCGAGUGUUCGGUUAUCAUGUAAACCUAGAAAUGUUAGCUCCAUUUGGAACUGAUGAAGGACCUAAACGACAAGUUGACCCACCGAGAGUAGGCCUUAGUACAAUCCUAGAUGCUGAUACUAUUAAUUCUAGUGUCAUUCUGAAGAACUAUGCUGAUUAUGAAGAGGGUAAACCUAUCCAAGCAUCCCUUCGUGUUCCCUUAAGUAAACUAAAUAGGCAGAAUCGUCCCAAACCACCACCUGUACCCCCAAAGCCAAGAAAAUCUCAAGACAGGUACGUCCAGCAGACUGUUCAUCUUCCAGUCAUAGAGGAAGUCCCUUUAGAAUCUAAUGAGAUUCAACCCAAAUCCCUCAUGUUAUCCCAAACUGUACAAGAUAUACAUUGCCAUUCCAUUCAUGAAGCCCCUCAUGUAUUCCAACAAAGAUCCCACAAUGUUCAAGAACGGCCCUUUGAACUUGCCUUGAAUGUCCAUCUUCCUUCCAGCUCAAUACAACAGAGAGUUGAAAGUAAGAAUACAAUGCUAGUUAAUGAAUCAAUGAGGAUCCAACCUGCGAGUUCUAUCACUGAUGGAGAAAGUGAAUAUCAGAGCAAUGGAACUCAACCAUCCAUUACUGAUAUGAAUGACUUGAGUUAUGACAGCAUUGAUGAUGUAAGACCAAGGGUUCUAUCAACUAUUGAAGAAUCCACAGAUUCUGAAGAUGAAGAGGAUCAAAAUUCAAAUGUAGAGGUUGAAUUAAAUGCAUUUGAGAGUUGUGUGAUAGAAAAUGGUCUUGUGACAUAUGAACACCUUCAUGAUCAAUCCUCAAUGGACAAUUCACUCGCCUUAGAUAUAAAUCUAACUGAACAAUCAGAGGAGGCAUUGAUAAGUGUACCAGGGUUAAAACAAGAUAUUGCUGAGGAUUUCAAGUCACUGGAUUCUGGUAUAAGUAGUAUGGAUAUGUUAGAUGCUAACAACGUUGACCCAUUAUAUGUUCUUGAGCAAUAUUCUGGG